GAACGAGGCUGUAUUUUGUCAUUUAUCUAUAAAAAUAAAUACAAACAGACCCCCUCCACCCCCCCCAUCCGUUGAUGCGGUUAACGCGGCCAGUGAGGGCAUCGGGUCUGCACACGGUCAAACUGAUUUAACCGCACUUCCCCUCACUCUGGACCGGACUGUGUCCUACAUUAUCACUCUGAGCUACAUAGUCUGCGUUUUUGUUCAAAACGACAGGAAUUGUGUACGUGGUGAGGGCUAGAGCUUCGUCUGCGUGACGUGGGUCGGUACAUUUAUGAGAAACUUGCGGCGUGAACCCGGUCUCCCACCCCCGCGAUGUUAAGCUGUUUUGGUGAAAGCAGCUCUAUUUUUCCUCCACCGUUGUUCCCUUUUAAUCCGGUGACGGGCCACUGUCUGCCUGCUCUGCUCUGAAACACGCGGGGAAAGCGUUCAGCACCACGGACAGAAGCCACGCCACGCAGACCUUCAGCUGCCACUGUUUGUGGGGCCGGUUGUAAUGUCUAUCUGGCCUUUUUUUUUUUUUUUUUUUUGGUGUGUCUGCCUCAUCUUGUUUCGAUCUGUUUGUGAGAUGUAGUGAAAUGUUGCACCUCAUCCCAGCCCAUAGAGGAAGAUGGGCGAUAACCCCGCCGUGGGUGUGUGGAUAAGGGAGUGCGUGGCUCUCCGCCAACAGCUCACCAGGCAGGAACGACUCCAGUCACAGAUUGAUCGAUCAUCACGUCCUGUUUGCUCCUAUACCCGAUCGUCCAACGUCAGCUUCUGUUUGCACACACAGGAGUGAACAGAAGCUUGAUGAGCUCCACGGGGGGACGGAUCUGUCCAGGCACUAUAAGGACAUGCUCUGCUGCUUCACUGUCUUUAUUUUCUGUCCAACUCAGUUCCAUAACCUGCAGGAGUUGAGGCACAGCGCGUCUCUUGCCAACAAGGUGUUCAUCCAGAGGGACUACAGCGAAGGGACCACAUGCAGGUUUCAGACCAAGUUCCCGUCUGAGCUGGAGAGCAGGAUUGAACUGACUCUGUUUGAGGAGACUGUGAAGACGCUGAACAACUUCUAUGCAGAAGCAGAAAAGAUUGGAGGCCAGUCUUACCUGGAGGGCUGUCUGGCGUGUGCCACGGCUUAUCUCAUCUUCCUCUGCAUGGAGACUCGCUACGAGAAGGUGUUGAAGAAAAUAGCAAAGUACAUCCAAGAGCAGAACGAGAAGAUCUAUGCUCCCAGAGGUCUGCUUAUCACUGAUCCCAUCGAAAGGGGAAUGCGUGUUAUUGAGAUAUCCAUCUACGAAGACCGAGGUUCCAGUGGCUCCAGCUCCGGCAGCAGUUCGGUGUCUGGCAGCACCGCUCGAUGACUGGGCGCAGAGCUCUCCCUGCAGGAAAACUUAGGACAAUAACAGCACUCACGUUCCAACGGCCUUCACAUCCCAUUUACAUUCAUACCAAGCACUCGCCAACCUCCAUGACAAUGUUUGUCACCUUGACCUGUCAUCACACAGUUGUUCCACAGUAGUCAAAACACGCACUUUAGCCGUCUCAAAGAUGUAAACACGUAACAAUGCACCUCAGACAGGACUCACCCACUCAGUGCAACAGUAAGGAAUCAAGAUAAAGCAAGUGUCCCAACAAGGUACAUAUGCUUUUUUUGCACCACUUGACAUGACACCAAUGCAUUUUGCUGGCUAAAGAAAACCAAAUUUAUUCUUAAUUGCUUUUAAUGAACCAGUUAAGAACAAUUCCUUGUGCAAAAACCAGAUCUGUUGUAGCAUUGGAACCAACCUGGGGGGGGGAAAUCCCUAUUGGUUUUCAGAGAUGAUGCUGUACCUUUAACAUUAGACGAAAUGUGACCUCGUUUGCUCAAUGGGACCGUUCGUUUACCUUCCUGUUCCUUUAAGAACUAUCCUUUACGAUCGAUGAAUGGGAUCUGUUGUCUACAUAUACAGCUACAAUUUCUCAAUCUUUUCUUUCUGCCCUCAAAACAAAAAGAAAGAAAGAAAGAGGUGCCAAGCCAAGUAGAACCAUAAGCUUCACUAAACCUUUAUACCUCAACUAACAUCCAGUAGGUACACAACAAAGCCCAGAUCCCUCGCCAAUUAAAAGGCUUUACUGAACUCAUUCAAAUCAACUCUUCGCCGUAGGAAGGGGUUUUUUUUAACGUCAGGUUUUCUGUUAUUCAACCUGACUCCAGAGGUAGCUGUAUUCAGUGUGACGCCACGCUAAAGUUCACUUGCCAAAAGCUCAGUUAACCAGGGUCGAGCAUUUCUUCCUGUUUUACCUCUGAUGUUUUCCACACUGCCUGAAAGCAGAUGAAUGUCAACCCACUCUAUAAUGUAGCAUACCUUCUGUAUUUUCCACUCUUACGCCUGCAUUUACUUUGCUGGACAUGAAGACACCUGCAAAAAUACGAGAACUACCCUGUUCAGUUUUAGCGAGAGAGUCAGACUCUUCCUAAGUGUAGUUUAUGCAAGGGCUCACUGUGAGUUAUGUCUGGAUGUAAGGAGAGAAAGAAUAGGUCAAAACGUCUUCCAGAAUAUUACUUUGUCAUUUUAAAAAUACACCUGCCCUUCCUUGAUUCAAACUUCCAAAGAACCGUAACUGCCAAAAAAAAAACCAAACAAACAGAUUCUCAUAAAUGUGAAUGUCACUUUUAUUUUCAUGAUGUUUUCAGAAAGUACAAGAUUUCAUACUGCUUGUUUACUACAUGUGGCAUAAAGGUCAAACCAAAAGGUGUGGAAUAAACUGUUUCAUCACAACUUA